AUCUGCGGAUUGAAUUUGAUAAGUGGCGACACCGCAUCCCUAGUCAUUGGCAGACUAGAUUUUAUAUAAUCCCUAAGUGUUCCGAAUUGAUUUGAAAAUAGUUAUACAGUCAGUUGUGUGGCAUUGUGUAUGAGAUACGGACGUUGUGCAGAGAAACACUAGAAGCCUUUUCGUCAAAAUGACAUCGACACCACAGGAUGACGUCGACGAGAAUGGCUUUUCCGUCAGCUUCAACCAAGAUUAUUCGUCUGUUGCCGUAAGAUCAAGGCAUGGCUAUAGUCUAUUUUCGCUGAACUCAGCGGAUGUCAUGCUGGACCACAUUUGCCACAGCUGCAAGGAGGAAAUCGUGCUGGUGGAACAUCUCUACAACACUUCACUGAUAGUGGUGGUUGCGUUGAACGAACCGACAAAACUUAAAACAUUCCACCUCCGGAGACGGGCGGAGAUCUGUAGCCUUUCAUAUCCGCACCCAAUUCUGGCGGUGAAAAUGAAUCGAACCAGGCUGGUGGUCUCUCUAGAGACAAGUAUUUAUGUUCAUGAUAUGAGUGACAUGGAGAUUGUUCACAUUAUCGAGAACAUCCCACCGAAUCCUGCCGGCCUAUGCGCAUUGUCAACAGAUUCUGACUAUUGCUUCCUCGCUUAUCCAAGCAGCGCAACAACGGGGGAAAUGCGGAUUUUCGAUGCGAUCUAUUUACUCACCAAGCACCUAAUCCCAGCUCACGAUAAUUCUCUGGUAGCGAUUGCUUUCAGUCCGAAGGGUACCGAGGUAGCCACCGCUAGCGUAAAUGGCAGUAUAAUCCGAGUAUUCUCCAUCCGUGACGGCGCUAAGCUCUUCGAGUUUCAACGUGGCUUAAAACGUUUCGUCACAAUCUCGUCACUAGAAUUCAGUACCUGCUCGCAGUAUCUUUGCUGCAGUUCGAACACGGAAACCGUUCACAUCUUCAAACUGGAUCUUAGCUCAGCCGGGACAAGCAGUAAUACGGGUAACGGUCGCUGGAUGGGUUACCUCAGCACGACAGUGUCAAGCUACCUAUCAUUGGCCCUGCCAUCGCAAGUGACGAACAUGUUCACCCAGCAGAGGGCGUUCGCAUCCGCUACCCUUCCAGUUGCGGGUCUCAGACAUUCAUGUAUCGUUACUUCGUUCCAAAAUGUGCUGAGUCUAUUAGUGGGAUCACCGGAAGGUUACCUUUAUGUGUACAAACUGCCGCAGGAAGGUGGCGAGUGUCAACUGAUCCAGAAGUAUGAUCUUCGAAGCGGAGGGCCAUCGAAUUCUUCCCCAUGGGUUUACAUAUCAUCGCCGAUUGCUAUUCCAACGGCAUCUCGAUCUUUAAACAGAGGCAACUGUCAAAUGGGUCCAUGCUCCAGUGGCGACAUCAUUUUCGAUUGAGAUUAAAAUCACAACUGAUUACAGUGGAUGCGUUAAAUUUUGUGAUACACAAACUAUUUAACACUAGUUAUUUAAA